GCGGACACUGGCUUUGGCGGUAGGGGAACACAUUAAUGUGCGCACAAUAACAGUGCGUCACUUCCGCCUGCAUCCGCUUGCUUUAGGUAACCAAAACAAUCAUGGCGGCGAGCAGGAGACUCGUUGGGUUGCUCAAAAUUUCAACGAGACUUUCUCGUCCUCUAGCUGUUGGUGGUUAUCAGAGUUCUGGGAUUCACUCUCUGUCACGCAACACUGGAGUUUACGGCAGAUAUCCUCAACCUCCCCUCUGGGUGGUCCCAGAGAGGACCAUGUUUGUGCAGACGCAGGACACGCCGAACCCAAACAGCUUGAAGUUUUUGCCUGGUCGGCCUGUCAUGGAGUCUGGGACCAUGAAUUUCGAAGGCCCUCGUGAUGCAUACUGUUCACCACUAGCCAGGCAGCUCUUCAGGAUUGAUGGCAUCAAAAGUGUGUUUUUCGGUCCGGACUUCAUCACAAUAACCAAGUCGGAUGAGAACAUGGAGUGGAGGGUCAUCAAGCCAGAUGUGUUCGCAGCCAUCAUGGACUUUUUCACCUCAGGGCUCCCUGUUGUCAAUGAGGAGUGUGCACCCAGCGCCGACACAGCCCCAUCAGAGGAUGAUGAUGAAGUGGUGGCCAUGAUCAAAGAGCUGCUGGACACCAGAAUACGACCAACAGUGCAGGAGGAUGGCGGCGAUGUUAUGUAUCGCGGCUUCGAAGACGGCGUGGUGAAGCUGAAGCUGCAGGGGUCAUGCACCAGUUGCCCCAGUUCCAUUGUUACACUGAAGAGUGGAAUCCAAAACAUGCUGCAGUUUUACGUCCCCGAGGUCGAAUCGGUCGAGCAGGUGAAAGACGAUGAAGAAGAGGCUGCUCAAGUGUGAGACAUUUCAGCAAGCAAACAAGCACUUCAGCAGAGAAAUGAACAUGAAAUCAGCCUGUUAUCCACGUUACGCCGACAGUGUUUCCUAUUUGUGGGGCAGAAGCAGUGAUUUGUCAAACCGUUGUUCCACUGAAGUGGCACUUCUCUUUCCUACAGUAGUUGUACAAGCCGCUUAACCGACGUCAUGUGGGUUAAAAACGCACACCGUAAAUAGAAAUAAAGAUGA